UCGUUGUCGUCUGGUAUGAUUGGUAUGAUGUUAUUCUGCUUAUGUGGCAGUUGGCAGUAGAUAAAUAAACUUUCAAAUUUCCUCAGGCUGAGGCUAGGCUCUUUCUCCUGUAAACAACUGAACAGAAUUAUAUUUCUGUACCUUAACAACGCUUUGCUAAGGUAAACAAUGAGGCAGCUCAAAGGAAAGACAAAGGAGUCUGCAAAGGAGCGAAAGCAGAGGAAGAAAGAGUUUCUUGAGAACAAGAAGAACGUAACAACGGUAGUCUUGCCCGUCUUAGGUGUCAUAUUCUUCUUAAUCGUAGUUUACGUUUACAUGAAAACAAGGCCAAAGACCAUUGAACAGUACUAAAACUAACAUGUCCAGCCAAAUCAAACUGCCGAUGGAUCGUAAGAUCCAAAACAUUCCUAAUGAAAGUUGUAAUAAGCGUGUAAAUGCAAAAGAUAUUUUUCUAUAAUUUUUUACUCUCAUAUUUUGUACAGUUUAUUUUCAAUACAUUUGAUACUGUUGUGGAUUCUAUAGAAUAGUUUAAUGUUGUUGUCGCCCUUUUUGGGAAGGUAUUGGAAGUGAAUUUUAAUAAAAUAUGUAUAUAUGAAA